ACAGAACUCUAGUUCUGCUCUUGACUACUCAUUGUGGCUGCCAUGGAGCUGAAAAUAAUUAUAGUGUUUGCUAUCACUAUAGCAGGUGUCUUAGCCACACCUGAUGAUAGAAGAUUGGUUGCUGUUGACAGAGAGACAUAUAUUUAUAAAGGGCACAAAUAUACAUUCCAUCGUGAGCGUGUGACAUGGGAGGAAGCUGCACAAAUCUGUUCAAAUGAAGGGGGAUAUCUUGCAAUCUUGGAAGACAUGGCUGAAACUCAAUUCAUUACUGAAGCUAUGGCUGGUGGAUUGUGUUUCUUUCACCCUUACCAGAACAUUUGGAUAGGUGGACGAUAUGUUGAAGGAAACUGGAUGUGGGUUCCAACUGAGGUAAAAAUACCAAGUGAUAUAGGAAGUGAUGGCUAUCCUCCAUGGUCUGUUGAUAUUAGCACGAACAAUUUAUGUUUAACAAUAAACAGAAGAUUCAUUACUCGACCAAUUUUAUCAGAUCUCAACUGUGAAUGGAAGAGGAAUUUUGUCUGUGAACGUGGUUGUGCUCAGUUGAAGGAUGGUGAACGACAAUACUGGGAUCCUCCUUUGUGUUCUCAGACUUUCAGUGAAAUUGGAGAUGAAUGUAGCCUUAUUUGCAAAGAUGGAUAUGAACUUAGUGGAAGUGCUACAAUCACAUGCACUCUUGAUGGCUGGAAUGGCACUGCUGGUUUGAAUAAAAUACCUGAAUGCAAAAGUUGUGCUCUAUUGAAGGAUGGUAAAGGACAAUACUGGGACCCUCCAUUGUGUUCUCAGACACACAGUGAAAUAGGAGAUGAAUGUAGCCUUGUUUGCAAAGAUGGAUAUGAACUUAGUGGAAGUGCUACAGUUACAUGCACUGCUGAUGGCUGGGAUGGCACAGAUGGUUUGAAUAAUCUUCCUGAAUGCAAAAGUUGUGGGCUAUUGAAAGACAGUGAUCGACAAUACUGGGAUCCUCCUUCUUGCACUGAGACUUUCAAAGACGUGGGAGAUGAGUGCAACCUUGUUUGCAGAGAUGGAUAUACCCUUAAUGGAACUGCUACAGUCACAUGCACUGAUGAUGGCUGGAGUGGUGCUGGUGGAUUGAAUGUAUUUCCUGAGUGCAAAGGCUGUGCUCACUUGCAGGACAGUGAACGAGAAUACUGGGAUCCUCCAUCAUGUUCUCAGAGCUACAGUGAAGUAGGAGAUCAGUGCAGCCUCAUUUGCAAUGAUGGAUAUGAACUUAGUGGAAGUGCUAUUGUCACAUGCACACCUGAUGGGUGGAAUGGCACUGGUGGUUUUGAUAAAAUUCCUCACUGCAAAACACCUGAAGAAAUAGGUGAAGAUUUUUUCCAGAAAAUAAACCUCACUUUGAAUGGAGUUGCAACAAGCAUGUUAUUCCUAUUAGAUGAAUCAGGAAGUGUCUCAAGAGAUCAGUUUGACAUGGAGAAAUUCUUUGUUCAGUCAGUGGCCCAGUCAUUCCCGCUAUCAGUAAAUCGAACAGCAGGCUUGAUUACAUUCAGUAAUGUUGCCGCAGUAGACAUCCCACUACUCCAAACAGACACCUGUGUAUUUGUUGACUCUGUUGGUCAGCUCAUUUAUGAAGGGGGUGGUACAAGUAUCCUAGUGGCAUUAAAUCUGGCAAUUGAUGAAAUACAAAGAAAUGCAGCUAAUGGUGCAACACUUGUAUUUCUAAUAACAGAUGGAAUCAGUACAACUGACCCAACCCCAGCUGCUAACACACUGAAAGAUAAUGGAGAAAUUGUGUUUACAAUUGGGGUUGCUUCUUAUGAUCGUAGCCAACUUGAACCAUUGGCUAGUCAUGAUUCAGAAGGAGUUCCUAAUUUCUUUGGAGUUUCAAGCUUUGAAGCAUUCAUGAAGAUUGCAGAGUACCUGAACACAACCUACAUCAAUCAAAACCAGAUAGACUGCAAUUAAUCCAGCAGUCACCAUUAUAUUUUUGCUUAUAUAACAGGUUAGAAGAUGAAAUGGUAACUCUGCAGAAACUACUUGCAGCAG